GGUCGCGAUAGCUUCGUUUUCUCCGUCCGGUCUUUCUGGCGAAUGGGGAAACACUUAGUUAGGAAGUUAAGGGUACUUUCCAAAGUGUUUCUUGUACCCAAUCACGAAGAAAAAGUAGUGGAUAUUCUCCAUUUCGCAGCCAAUCGGGGCGGAUGGGGCUUUCGUUCCCAGGAAACCGUUAGGAGUGGGAGGCGCUUACUUGGUUAGCCGCAUUUGGGUGGUGGUUUAUGUACGGAUCUGCAGAUGGGACGGGGAGGCGAUGGAGAAUACGAGAUGCGACUACUCCGUAGUACCUUUGCCAUAGUACUAGUUCACGUGUCAUGAGAUUUGUAUGGUGAUUGCUUGGGACCUUGGGGAGGUAUAUAUAUAUCGUGGAUUCCCUUCUGUUUUGUUCAUCAUCAUCAGCUUCAGCAUCAAUCAUCUCCUCAUUCAGAUAUCAGAAUAUCACCUUGAUAAUCCAAUAAUCAACACUUUUGAUUUCUUCAAAACCUCAUAUCUUCAUCAUGUACACCAAAUCUCUCAUCGCUGCCACUCUCGCUGGCCUCGCUUCAGCUGCACCACUUGUCGCCCGCCAGGAGACCAUCGACACCGUCGGAAUCAUCGCCAUCCACAGCACCAGCCCCAUCCACCUCUCAGGCGUCUCAGAAAACGGGCUCAAAUUCUGGAUCCGAAAAGACACCGCAACCUACUGCCCCGUCGUAGUCGAGCAAUGUCCAAGUAAUUCCUCCUCUUCCAACUACCAAAAAAAUGUACUAACAAAUUCAUCCAGCCGGAAACACAACCCAACUCGUCCUCUCCGCAUCCUCCGAGACCGUCUCCCUCAACACCGUCGUCCCAGGCGGUCAACAAGCCUACAUCGCCUCGGACGGUUCUCUCUCCGCAACCCAAGCUCACAGCGGCAACAUCGGGACCGGUACUCGUACUCCCUUUAAGUACACCCCUCAAGCGGGCCCUGGCCGCGUGGGUAUUGUGCAGUUCAACAACACUGGGUUUACUGCUUGUCCUUCUGCUGAGGAUGCCGAUGUUUACCAGGUCUUUGCGCUUGGGUACUCGGGGUAUGUUGCUGGGGAGGCGUGUAUUAAUAUCUCGUUGGGAACUGCUAUUGUGGAGAGUACUCCUGUUUGGCAAUAUAUUUAAAUAAGACGCUGAGUUGUGUAGGGGAUGUGGGUGAAAUGGUGGUGGGUUGAGAGUUGAGAGUUGGGGUUGAGAAUGUUAAUUUAGCGAGUUUUGAGCGAAGGGGAAGCUGAGGGAUCAGGGGUUAGAGGGAGGAUGUGUGAUGCAUAUACGAUUUUCCUUUUUUAUCGCACACACGUAAUACACGAGCGACGAGUUAAUGUAUCUUGGAGCGUAGUAAUG